AUGGAGGAUCCCGAUACCAAGCCCAUCGCUUCUGAAGCAAUUGCUUCAACACUCGCCGGGAAUUAUGACCCGCACGAAGGUGAUGUGCUCGUAAUCGAGCAGACGCGUGGUAUCACAAUCGCAGAACAUGAGACCACCUUCCUCGAAGCCCUCCAACAAUGGCCGAAGGCGGUAGGAUGGGCUUGCCUUUUCUGUAUCGCUGUGGUCAUGGCGGGAUUUGAUGCACAGAUCAUUACUACAUUCUUUGCGUUGCCCGCAUUUCAAAAAAGAUUUGGGUAUGAGUAUAAUGGCUCUUAUAUUAUUCCGGCUCCGUGGCAGAUGGCUUUGAACAUGGGUAAUCCAAUCGGCCAGGUGCUUGGAGCUCUCGCCUGUGGUUGGCCUCUAGAAAAGCUAGGACGGCGAUUAACGCUGGCCUUGUGCUGUGUAUGGUCCAUAGGUUUCGUCUUUGUGCAGUUCUUCUCAACCAGUAUCGGCAUGCUCUGCGCCGGAGAAAUCCUUGGGGGCCUUGCAUACGGAUUCUACGUCGUUAUUGCCCCAACAUAUGCCUCUGAGAUCUGCCCUCUUGCUCUUCGUGGAGUUCUGACAGCAUCAGUCAAUCUCGCCUUCGUAAUCGGCCAGUUUAUCGCACAAGGAGUGGCAGCAGGCCUCGAGAGCCGACUGGACGAAUGGGCCUACAAAGCUCCAUUUGCCAUUCAAUGGGUUUGGCCUACAGUGCUACUCGUUGGUCUCGCGUUCGCCCCUGAAAGUCCGUACUGGCUAGUACGCAAAAACAGAAUAGAAGAUGCUCGAAAUUCACUGAUGAGACUCUCAUCAGCCAAGAACCGCCCGGAUAUUCAGGGAAUGCUAAUUAUGAUUGAACACACGGAUUUCCUUGAGCGAGAAAUCGAAGCUACGACGACCUAUUGGGACUGCUUCAAGAAAGCCAAUCUGUUCCGUACCGAGAUAUCCGUCAUGGUAUAUCUAAUUCAGGUAAUUGGCGGUAACCCGCUGAUUGCAUAUGCUACAUUUUUCUUUGAAACGGCGGGCUUGGAUCCUGCUGAAGCGUUCAACAUGGGUGUCGGUAAUACUGCCCUCGGAUUUGUAGGCACAUGUCUGUCAUGGCCAUUGAUGCUGAGCUUUGGUCGCCGCACGAUUUACAACAGUGGCAUGAUCCUCAUGACAAUCAUCCUCUUCAUCAUUGGGUUCCUAGACCUUGGCCGCAACAAUUCCGCGGUUGUCUGGGCUCAAGCCUCUCUAAUGGACAUCUGGACCUUCAUCUAUCAGACUACAGUUGGUCCAAUAUGCUUCGUAAUCAUAUCAGAAAUCUCAGCUACUCGACUACGUGGUCGAACCAUUGCCAUUGCCACUGCCGUCCAAGCCGCAGCCAAUAUCAUCUUCACAGUCGUGCUACCAUACAUGCUCAACUCGGAUGAGGGGGACUGGCGUGGGAAAGCCGGCUUUCUUUUUGGCGCCAUUAGUUUCGCUUGUUAUGGCUGGUGUUAUUUCAGGUUGCCCGAAUCGAAGAAUAGGACAUUUGAAGAGCUGGACAUUCUAUUUGAGCGCAAGGUUCCACCUCGUGAGUUCAAGAAUUAUGAUCUGUUGGCAAGUGAGGGCGAGCAUGAGGUGUGA